CAAUGCUAAGAGUUCGUUUCUUUCGCUCCUAUACGCAGUCCCGUUUCAGAAGUUGCUAUUCUGCUUUAGGCUCUCAUUGAUCAGUGUUCUAGGAAACUUAUUUGUGGGAAUGCAGUGUUAGUUAAUGUGACUGUUAUUCAACUGUCAAACGGAUAUGCCUGGGUAUCGUUUGGCGAGUGUGAAGAAAAAGAAGUCAAUACCGACUGCAUUGUCGUGUUUUAACUCUUUGAUGCGUUAAUUGUUUAGAUGCAUCUUAACUCGAUACAACUGUGCACGGCUGCGUUGACGCUGGCUCUUGUAGCAGCGGUGCCCGCUUCUACGCCGCACCACGUCUCUCGCCGGUCAUUCUUCAGCCUCGAAUGCAAAGGUGUCUUUGACGCGGCGAUUUUCGCGCGCUUAGAUCGUAUCUGUGACGACUGCUAUAACCUCUUUAGGGAACCGCAGCUCUAUACUCUAUGCAGGAAAGACUGUUUCAUGACAGACUACUUCAAAGGCUGCGUGGAAGUACUUCAAGAGACCGAUCAACUCGAAAUAUUCAAGAAAUAUAUAAUACAAUUAAAUGGGGCGGAUCCAGGGAUUUAGAUCGGAUUGUUUUACCACGCUCUUUUUCAAGGGUUGUGUGGAGUCUCUGUGCCUCUCGGACGAGAUGGAGGAACUGGAUCUAAUGAUCGAUUUCAUCGGAAAACGCUAAUGCUGCCGCCUAUCAUCACAAAUUCGCGCGCCAACUUGUGGCGCAAAGCUGUCAACAACCAUAGAGAAUCUAAAGCUGUUUCCGUCAACGAAUUAGUAACGUCAUUAGUUACAUUGAAUUAUUAAAUUAUUGAUUUAACAUUUGUUAGGAUUGUUCAAAUGCUUUUCUCAAAUUAUCGCGUUUUAAAAUGAAUUACGAAUAGAUAUAUCGAGUUCCUCCAGAUUUCUAUCCUCAACAUAUUCUAGUCUUUAAAGCGACAUAAAAUUAUUUAUGUUUGCUAGUAAUUUUAAUGUUAUCAUAAUUUGUAUUUGAUAAUGUGUAUCCAGAUUUAAGGUAAUAAGUGUAAGCUUGCAAGCUACGGGAGUGAAAAGUACAUUAAAGAUGAGUUUUAUUAUAUGUCACCUACUAGAUAAUGUCAAAAAAAUCACAGUUGAUAAUUUUACCAAAAAUGCCGACUGAGAUUGCUUAAAAAAUUAUUAAAUGUAUGACGCAUUCCAAGCACAGUAUUUUAAACGAUUACUUACGCCUUUUAUCUAAAAGAUAAUAUUUUUUCUUACAGACUAACAAGUAUUAUUGCGUUAAUUAUGUUUGUUUUAUGACGGUAUUGUAUUUAUAUUGUAGAUAGUAUGUUUAGUUAGUUUUAUAGUUAUUGUGUAAUUCUGAUAGUGGCCUCAAUCUUUUAUUUUAUCACCAUCGUAGCUGUUUACGAAGCAUUGUAUUUAAUUCAUUUAGAGCACCUACUUUUUUGACGAUUGCGCCUGGCUGCUGUCCAAAAAACCUAUAUAAUAUAAAAACUAAUAAAAAAAAUAGUAUAUGGAAAUUUUGAAUCGUGCGAAAAUCUGUAUCAUCUACGUAAAAAGAAUUAAUUGUCAGGCAGCGUCAGAAAAGUUAGCUGUAGUUUAGUUUAUAAGUAUUUAUAUAGAUUUAUUUUUAUAUUCUCCCGACCUAUUUAUUUUUUACUGUUAACGAUUUAAUCUUAUAUUGAUUAGCAACCGUGGGUAUAACCAGUGUAUUAAGAUAUAACAGUUUCACUGAUUUAUUCAGAUCAUUAUCUUUAAGUUGCGGUGUAUACUUAUACGUCUGUUAAAACUCUUCUCUAAUUGAAUCUCAACUUUUUAUGUUUUAGCGUUUCUUAAAAACAUUUAUUUAGGAAUGUGAGAAUUUGAAGAAUGGUGCCAAUAUGUCCCAAAAUAUUAUAUAAGUGUAACGAAUUUAGCUAAUCUUAAAAUAUAUUAAACAGUAAUUUGUAGGAACUGAAAAAUUAUUGUAUUAUUGAUUUAUUAGUGAAAUAUGUAAACUAUUUGUAUAAAUUUAUAUGAAUCAGCUAAGAAACGCUACGGGUUCCAUGAAAUAUAUUACAAUAUGAAUUU